CAUUGGCCCGGUUUCACGUUACUCAUCUCGAUCUCUCCGUUCUGUGUACUCGGAUCUUCUCUUGCUUUUCCUUUUCAUUCCUGAUUCCUUCAAUCGUUUCGUUCAGGAGUGCGAUCUAGGGUUUUAGUUGGGAGAUUCGAGCUCCCUGGCACUUAUUAAACUCAUGGCCGAAUCCAUUUGCAGAGCAUUGCGAGAUGGGGCUUUGGAGGGAGAGCAUGCUCCCGCGCUGACGAUAAAGGAUUCUAUACUCUCUUCUUUCGGAAUUGAUAUUUUCAACUUUGUUCUUUCUAGUAUUGCGUCGAAAAUCCUGGCUGGAAAAUCACAAGCUCGAGGUCUCGUGCUUGUCGCUUUUAGUCGGAGUCCGUCGUACUACAUUGAUUUGCUGCGGAGUCGGGGAAUAGACGUCACCUCUUCCAAUAAAUGGCUAUGGAUUAUAGACUGUUAUUCAGAUCCUCUUGGUUGGAAGGAACGGCUUCUGGGCUCUGAAAGAGUUGCCAAGGUCUCCGGCAUAGCUGCAGAGACUCUUUGUAAGGAUGUUAGGGAUCUAGAUAAGCUCUUUUCAACAAUCCUCGAACAUGGGAAGGGUCUGGUAGGACAUGGCAAAGUUCGUUUCUCUGUUGCCAUUGACUUGGUAAGUACAAUGCUGAGGCAUGCAUUGCUGCCAUGCGUUGCAGGUCUUAUAAGCAAUCUUCGCAGUCAUGAUCAAGUUUCAAGUAUCUUUUGGUUGAUCCACUCAGACCUUCACGAAGCCAGGGUUACUACAGUUCUUGAAUAUAUGUCCUCCAUGGUUGCCAACUUGGAGCCAAUUGUUCAAUCCAGUGAUGGCCAAAGAGGAAAUUCAGAUUGCCUUUUACAGCUUGAGCAGAAUUCUAGAAAAGGAAAGCUCCAUGCACGGUUUAAGCGUCGAAAUGGAAGAGUUAAAGUGAUGUAUGAAGAGUUUUAUGCGGAACAAGCAGGCAUUAAAUUUGUCACUGCUGUUUCUUCUGGAAAUGGAAUGGUUGAUCACAACCUCUUACCAAAGGUGCAGUUCAAUCUCCAGUUAUCAGAAAAAGAACGGAUUGACAGGGCAAAGGUUGUGCUUCCAUUUGAGCACCAAGGAAAUGGAAAACCUGUUCAGAUUUAUGAUGGCCGUCAAUCUCUCCCAGAAGGCCAAAAUGAUGUAGUGAUGCUGACUUCAACCAACAAGAAUGCACAAAAGGAACCUGUUUCUGGCAUGGGUGAGAUACACUAUGUUCGUGAUUCUGAUGAUGAAAUGCCAGAUUCAGAUGAAGACCCAGAUGAUGAUUUGGAUAUAUAGCCCUAUUUACUCCCUCUUGCUAGCAACCUGUUGGUGAUUGAAUACUUGGAUGGUUGUUGAUGUCUUGUCCUACAAAGCAAAUUUUAAGUGUGUUUGCCCAAGUUUCAACUCAAGAAUGCUGGGGUAGACGUUGCUCGCAGGCAGUGCUCAAUGGGUUGCUUAUACUUCUACUGAAGAAAAGUUUGCGGGUGCUCAAGGGAUGUAGUACGCUGGAGACUUCACACUCGUACUUUGAAACGGGAUCUAACUGGAGGCACAGUUCAUGAUUUCACUUCAUGGAAUGGUUUUGCCCCACCAAGAACCAAAGAAAACAAAAUGUCAAAGGAGUUCAACCUGCUGUUCGAUGGUGAAAUUUAGAAGUUGAAUCACAGGGUGCAGUUGUCGAGUGCAACAAGUGGUGCAUGCAUCAUAUAAUACUGCCAGCAACUCAUAAUGUAGUGCUAUUCCACCAUUGUGGUGGAUGUGAAAACCACGUAUUUGGCAGGGACAUCAGUGAAUCACAUGAAUCCUACUACACGUGCUUCUAGAGGUGAUGUCUUACAUCUUCAAAACCGGAUCAACUGAACCAAAGGAGAUGCAGCAAUAUCUUUGUGAUGUGUUUUCCAAAUGGUCUGAAGAAUUUUGUUUCUUUGUUUUUUUUGGUAGAAGAAAGUUGUUUCUAAGUAUGUUAACCUUGAUCACCUGCAUAGUUCAAACUAGGCUAGAUCCACUAGAACUGUUUGGAAGUGAGACAAUCCACGGAUGAUCUACAAGCAUCUGAGAACCGUCUCUAGUUAUGAUAUUUGUCAUGUUUCUCAGUUGCUUUUUAUAAUUAUUCAAGAGGUAUAUCUGCAA